AUGGAGGUCUCAGCGAUACAGCCUGUGGUGUCGCCUGUGCCUAGCGCUCAUAACGGACGCUCUCAGAACAAGACCCGUGGCUGCAGCACACAUACGAACAAGCUUUCCUUUUCCCAAACGAUCUCGUCACUCAAGGGCAUCAUUCGGAUACCGAACCGCAGGAAGCUUUCCACACCCCGCAUUCACUUCCACUCUCAGUCGCAAGAUGAUGCGGACAGCACCAAGUCCACCUCCAACCCCCAUUUCACCUCCAGACCGCGGCCCACGCACGGCCUCUCGCACUCGCUCGACACGCAGGCCCAUCUGCACUCGCGCAUGCGGAGCACGGGUACUGCUGCGUCCAACGGGAGUGGAAAUAUCGACGGCAUUAUCUCUGAUACUGAAGACUACGAUAAACAACAAAGGCGGAGGAGCAACAUCAAGAAUGACCCGUAUGCGCAGUUCUCGCGCACGGCAGAGGGCCUGAACUAUACUUACAAGCCAUAUAUGUCCCAGCCGAUGCUUGGCGCUGAGCUCUCCCGGGGCACUGGUGGGGAUGAGUUGGUCACUGGUUAUGAUUCAGAGUCUGGCUCUGCUUCUGGGUCGGGAUAUGGAGGGGGUGGUCGUUCGCCUGUUGGGACAGGUGAGGGUGGAGGGAGGACUCCCUUAGGGUUUUCGGCAACGUCACCACUAGCGCUGCCAUCCCCAUCGCCCUCUCCGACUCCAGUCUUAUUGUCAUCUCCUCCUGCUAUACACCCGGCGACGGAGGUAGCCUUUUGUUUGGGUGGAAAAGUGGAAGAUACGUUAAUCCAAGUGCAGCACGGCGAUCAGGGAGAUGAGGGGGAGAAGGAGGGGGAUAUUAAUGAUCUCUAUGAUGGCAAAGCUGGAGGUUCUCUUAACAACGCCGCACCUAGCGACACGAACACGGACACGAACACAAACACGAACAUUGGUACUACUGCUAAUACUGCACAAUCUACGACUCUAGCUCAAAUUUCAUCGUCUACAUUUACACCUACGUCAACUAUUCAAACUAAUUCACAUGCCCGCUCCAACUCACCCUUGCCAUUAUUACCUCUACCUGAUGGACCCUCUUCGUUGACAUCUGCGUCUACAUCCGGGGCAGCAUUGCGCCCGCGUAGCAGCAACGGCAGCGGUAGAACACCUGCACCCAGACGUGCGUUACCGCCUCCGCCACCUGAAUCACCAAUAUCUGCAUCUUCUUCUGCGUCAGCCGCCCUCUUUGUUGAUCAUUUUAACAGGAAUUCCACAACGUUAAACAAAAGCCACCUUUCCAUUCAAUGCCCAUCUCGAUUACGUCCCCAGUCAGGCCGCCUACCUACAACACGCCCAUGA